UUGGUGACCAGGCGAUACUGCUGCCCGGUACUGUCAGAGCCCGGUGUUUCUAACCGGACUUGUUUUGAAUCUGCAACAAUGGCGGCGCACAGUCGAUCAUGCUUACAGUAUCUACUACAUCUCGCCCAAGAUAAUCUGGACUUCAGGUUGCCGGAGAUUAAGGCUUUGCUGGCUCUCAGAGGAAAAGCAUUCCAGCCUUGUGAAAAGUUCAAAGAAAAGUCUCCUUUCUGGUGUCUGGAUGGGUUAUCCGAGGAGGAUGUCCACAGCAUCAUGUCCAGAUCCAUCUGUGCAAAGUCUGCUUUUGAACUAUGGGGCCACGGACAAACACACCGUGAACUCAGAACAUCCCUCUUGAACUACCCAUCAGAGAACAUGUCACCAUUUAUGCACAAAGACUCGACUUAUAAAAUCAGUGUCUACACUUUCAACAAGACUCUGAAGUUUACUGACAGAAUCGAAAGGAUUGAUGCUAUGGAGUAUCUUCCAUUUGAAGGCACGGUAAGCCUUAAGAACCCUCAGCACGUCUUCUGUUUGUUAGAAGACUACGGCACAGACCCCAACAACAUCCCUGAGGAUCCAGACUACAUCUAUUUUGGCCGAUGGAUAGGGGACGGACAGCGUGAACUAAUUCGCUCCCACAGCGUGAAGAACAGGCACUUCAUAGGAAACACCAGUAUGGAGGCUGGGCUGUCACUCAUUAUGGCCAACCACGCUAAAGUCAAGGAGAAUGACCUCGUCUUUGACCCUUUUGUUGGCACAGGGAGCCUGUUGGUAGCAUGUUCUCACUUCGGAGCCUAUGUCUGUGGAGCAGAUAUUGAUUACAAUACGAUUCAUGGCAAAGGUAGGUCGAGCCGUAAGAACCAGAAGUGGCGAGGACCUGAUGAGAAUAUCCGUGCCAACCUGCGGCAGUAUGGAGCAGAAAAGAUGUAUUUGGAUGUCAUGGUGUCUGAUGCAGCCAAGCCUGUGUGGAGGGAAGCUCCUCUGUUUGACGCCAUCAUUACUGAUCCUCCGUACGGUAUCCGUGAGUCCACAAGGAGAACAGGUUCCCACAAAGAUAUUACUAAACCCUCUGACGGCGUCUAUGAAGAGUCUCACGUCCCCGUCUCACAGGCAUACCACCUGAGUGACAUCUUCACAGAUCUGUUAAACUUCUCUGCUCACCACCUGCUCAUGGGUGGGAGGCUGGUCUAUUGGCUGCCUGUCUACAGACCAGACUACUGUCAGGAGAUGGUACCUCUUCAUCCAUGUCUGCAGCUCAUCAGUAACUGUGAGCAGACGCUCUCCAGCCACACCUCACGACGCCUGAUCACCAUGGAGAAGAUCAAGGAGCCUGAGGAAGUGGACAGUCUGACUCAUCUGGCAGAUCCAUGCUUCAGUCUCUACCAGGGACACAACGCCUUCAGAGAGAAGUAUUUUAGUGGUCUAAACAAAAGGUGUGGCAAAGAGGACCACAAACUUGGUCUUGGAGAGUGAAAGACUUGAUUGCCCGAGAUGAAGAUGUGAUGAAAUCCCUUCAGUGUCUUUUUUUGUAUUGAGAAAACAGAGAAAACAUGGUACUCGGUGGGCUCAGAGGAAAACAGCCUUGUAACUUAUUUGGUACAUAUUUUUUAAACCUUUCUCAACAUUUUAAUUAGGAUUAUUUUAUAUGUGUGUACUUACUGCUUUGCAAAUAAAUAAAAUAAAAGAGUCCUGUCUUGAGUAUUAAAAC